AUGUACGAUUUUGCUGCUGAGCCUGGAAACAACGAGCUGACUGUCAGUGAAGGGGAGAUCAUUGUAAUUACCAACCCGGAUGUUGGUGGAGGCUGGUUAGAAGGAAAAAACAGCCAGGGUGAGAGAGGACUUGUUCCAACAGAUUACGUUGAGAUUAUAACCGAAGGUGCAAAAGAUGGAAUUAGCUGUGGUAACUCAUUAGCUGACCAAGCCUUUUUUGAUUCCCUUUCUUCAAAUACAGCUCAGACCAACUCUGCUGCAAAAAGCAGUAAUCAGGCAAACAAUGCCAGUGAUCCUUGGUCCAGCUGGAACGUUGGGAAGUCUGGGAACUGGGAUAAUGGAAAUGCUGUUGACAGCUGGGUGACAAAACCUGAAAAUGCAGCUGGCCAGAGAAACAGUGCUUCAAAUAACUGGGAGACAGCAGCAGCAUUUGGUCAUCCACAGGCAUAUCAAGGACCAGCUGCUGAUGACGAUGAUUGGGAUGAUGACUGGGAUGACCCAAAAUCAACUUCACCAUCUUAUCUUGGUUACAAGGAGGCUGAGGCAUCAGAGCCUGGGGGGGUCCAGCGUGGAAAUUCUCGUGCAGCUGCUAUGAAGUUACCACUUAACAAAUUUCCUGGAUUUGCAAAACCUGGGAUGGAACAGUAUCUGUUGGCAAAGCAGCUAGCAAAACCCAAAGAGAAAAUUCCCAUAAUUAUUGGGGAUUAUGGCCCCAUGUGGGUUUAUCCUACCUCUACAUUUGACUGUGUUGUGGCAGAUCCCAAAAAAGGGUCGAAAAUGUAUGGUCUCAAGAGUUACAUUGAAUAUCAGCUGACCUGCACUAACACUAAUCGGUCUGUCAACCACAGAUACAAGCACUUUGACUGGUUGUAUGAGCGUCUCCUGGUUAAAUUUGGAUUAGCCAUUCCAAUCCCAUCUCUUCCAGACAAGCAAGUAACAGGGCGCUUUGAAGAAGAAUUUAUCAAAAUGCGUAUGGAGAGACUGCAGGCUUGGAUGACGAGGAUGUGUCGCCAUCCUGUUGUCUCAGAAAGUGAAGUUUUCCAGCAAUUUCUCAAUUUCCGAGACGAGAAGGAGUGGAAAACUGGAAAGCGGAAGGCAGAAAAAGAUGAAACUGUAGGAGUCCUGAUCUUUUCUACAAUGGAACCAGAAGCUCCUGACUUGGACAUGGUAGAAAUAGAACAGAAAUGCGAUGCAGUCGGUAGGUUCACCAAAGCAAUGGAUGACGGAGUUAAAGAGCUGCUGACAGUGGGACAAGAGCACUGGAAGAGGUGUACAGGGCCACUACCCAAGGAAUACCAGAAGAUAGGAAAAGCGUUGCAGAGCCUGGCACUGGUCUUCAGCACUAGUGGAUACCAAGGAGAAUCUGAUCUUAAUGGAGCAAUAACAGAAGCAGGAAAAACCUAUGAAGAAAUCGCCAGUCUUGUAGCAGAUCAGCCAAAGAAAGAUCUUCACUUUUUGAUGGAAACAAAUCAUGAAUAUAAGGGAUUUCUUGGUUGCUUCCCUGACAUCAUAGGAGCUCAUAAGGGAGCAAUAGAAAGAGUGAAGGAAAGUGAUAAAUUAGUUGCAACCAGUAAAAUAACGCCACAAGACAAACAGAACAUGGUGAAACGUGUGAGCACCAUGGCUUAUGCACUGCAAGCCGAGAUGAAUCACUUCCACAGUAACCGGAUUUAUGACUACAACAGUGUCAUUCGUCUCUAUCUGGAGCAGCAGGCACAGUUUUAUGAAACGAUUGCACAGAAGCUGAGGCAGGCACUCAGCCGCUUUCCUGUGAUGUAGAGAAUAA